AUUUUCCGUGCCCGUUUUGUUGCCAUAGAACCUGCCAUUUGUAUUCCCAUACGCAUAGUUAACGUCGAGACUUAGUCCUUCUCGAACACUUCUCUGUGUCUUGUCUCUACCUUGGCCACAUUCUUGUCCAUACCUCUAAACCUCUUAAGCUCCCCUUACUUCCCCAACACAACGCCAUUCACAGCUAGCUCCAUCUCCAAAUUAAAAGUUGAUCGAGAAUUGAACAUGCCUAAAGAGGACUGCCUCAGCGACCAUCCGACAACGUCGUCAACGGAUGAUGUUAAGGUUGAAGACGGCGGCGGCAAUGGUGAUGACGAUGAUCAAACACUUGCCAAGCUCCAACAGGCCUGUUCGGAUCUCAAGAAUCUGCUGAAAGCUUCGGCUAACAUGAACGCCAGUUUAGGAGAGAUGGACAAGAAGUUCGACGCCAUGCGUGAAAAUCUAAUCAUGGCGUCGAAGAGAGUGGCGCCUCUACAGUCUCUCUCCAUUGCUAACAAAGCCUUGGACGCGAGAAUAAACCGCGCCAUCUCUCCAUCCCUGGCGCUCCUCGACGGCUUCAAGCUCUCCGAGUCUCUGCAGCGCCGGCUUCUUGAUUUGGCGGCGAAGAUCUCCGGCGAGAAAUCGGGCAAAAGGAGGCUGAGGAAGCUGAUCAAGUACAUGGAGUGCGUGGACGACCUAAACGAGGCGAUCCGGUCCAUUAGCCAAGAGUGCGAGCCGGCGAUCCAGAAGUUGCAGGAAGUGGUGGAGUUUCUGAGCAGGACUAAAGCUACUGAUCAGUACAGGACGCUCCGGCUGAGGGAGACUUUGGUUACCCUGAAAGCUCUCUGCGAGACGGAGGUGGAUGCCAUGAAGUUCGAUGGAUUGGUUGAUGAAGCGUUGAUCAAUCUGCAGGAUGAGUAUGAGAGCUUGCUGCACAAGCUGAAGCACCAGAACAUCACAGGAGUGAUGCAACAGGAUGAUUAUGGGGAGGAAGUUGACUUGGGAAGUGAACUGGAAAUUCAAGUUCUCAGAAGAAUUUCUGAGACCCUGGCUGCCAAUGAUUGCUUGGAUAUAUGCAUUGAUAUUUUUGUAAAGGUAAGAUAUAAAAGAGCAGCCAAGACACUGAUGAGAUUAAACCCUGAUUACCUGAAAACUUAUAUUCCUGAAGACAUUGAUGAGAUGGAGUGGGAGAGCCUGGAGAUGGCAAUAGGCCUUUGGACCCAACACUUUGAACUUGCUGUCAAAAAUGUGUUUGUAUCAGAAAAGAGACUGUGCAGCCAAGUUCUUGGAACCAUUGUGGAUGGAGCAAUAUGGGGAGAAUGCUUUGUGAAGAUUGCAGACAAGAUAAUGGCAGUCUUUUUCAGGUUUGGAGAAGGAGUAGCAAGAAGCAGGAAAGAACCCCAGAAGCUUUUCAAGCUGUUAGACAUGUUUGAAUCACUAGAGAAUCUGAAACCACAACUCUCAGAGAUUUUCGAAGGUGAACCUGGAGCAGGCAUCUUUUUUAGAUUCAGAGAGCUAGAAAAGCUUGUAGUCCACUCUUCUACCAAAGUUUUCUGGGAACUUGGCCUUCAGAUUGAAGGAAGCCAUGAUGUUUUGCCUCCUCAAGAUGGCUCGGUGCCAAAACUUGUUCGUUACGCGAUUAACUACCUCAAAUACCUUGCAACUGAAGCAUACAGUGCAACAAUGGCUAAAGUACUCAGAACUGAACAGAUGUGGAAAUCCGGGGCACUCUCGAAACCAGAAACAGAUGAAAAUCUACUGAGAGAUGCAGUUUCCAAUGUCAUGGAAGCGAUUCAGAGGAACGUUGAAACUAAGAAAUCGAGUUACAAGGAUAAAGUGCUUCCCCACAUAUUUGCCAUGAACACUUACUGGUACAUUUACAUGAGGACUAGAAACUGUGAACUUGGGGUUUUAUUAGGGGAGCAGUAUAUGAGAAAGAGGUACAAAGUUGUUGCAGAAGAGUCAGCUUAUCAGUAUCAGAAGCAAGCAUGGGGGAGUCUAAUCAAACUUCUGGAAACCGAAGAGCUGAAGAGAGUUAACAAGGAGGGGAUAGGAGCAAUGACAAGAGGAAGGAUGGAAGCUUUCAUGAAAAAAUUUGAGGAUAUUUCACAGAGACAUAAGAGCUCUUACAGAAUCCCAGAUUCAGAUUUGAGAGAGCAAAUCAGAGAGGCCACUGUGAACCUUGUUGUGCCUGCAUAUUCAGACUUUUUGAACAGUUUCUCAUAUCUUCUACAGGUGAAGGCCUACAUGUCUCCUGAGUCUUUACAAAGACUGCUGGAACAGAUCUUUGAGGAUGACAAUCAGAUGGCAGGUGGCAGAUCAAGGCGACGAGAAUCUAGAGAGCGCUUUGAAGGAAAGAAAUCAUCAUUUUCUGUUGAGCAAUCUUAUGAGAAUCAAGAAUUCUGAUGACCCAAAUCUCAUAUCAGGGUAGUACUAUUAGACAACCACCAUAGUGCAUGCAAUUGGUCAAAAAGCCAGAAUCUUUAUCCACUUUGUGGUUGUUUUAUGGUAUGAAAUAAUGUACAAGAUGAACUUUGUAUUUAGUG